ACCUCAGGCUUGCAUGUUAUCUAAGUACUAUAUAGAGGCCUCAAGAAACCUCAGUCUCAUGCACCCCUUACCACUUUCUCAUCUCCACAUAGACUAGUUAGCUUUUCUUUCUUGAAGCUGUAGUAUUAGCUGCUGCAUUGAGAUUUUUGUAGACAUGGCUACUGAUCAAUUUAAGGAUAUUGAAAAUGGUAUUAGUCAUAACAAUAUUCUGGAGGAUUUGGAGAAGCCCUUUAUUCAGAAUGGAAAAAUGGUCGUUUCUGAAGAUAGUUCAUCAGAGGCAGAUAAAGAAAAUGGUUCAAUUGCCAUGGUGCUGUUGAGCACAUGCGUAGCUGUCUGCGGUUCCUUCGAGUUCGGAUCGUGUGUGGGAUACUCAGCGCCUACUCAAUCUGCUAUCAGGGAAGAUUUAAAUCUAUCUCUAGCAGAGUUCUCUAUGUUUGGUUCUAUAUUAACAAUUGGCGCUAUGAUCGGAGGAAUCACAAGCGGCAGAAUUGCAGACUUCGUUGGCCGGAAAGGGGCAAUGAGAAUAUCAGCUGUCUUCUGUGUCAUUGGAUGGCUUGCAGUCUAUUUUUCUACGGGUGCUUUGAUCCUGGAUUUUGGAAGGUUCUGCACAGGAUAUGGGAUUGGAAUAUUUUCUUAUGCAGUCCCCGUGUUUAUAGCUGAAAUAGCUCCAAAGAAUCUUCGAGGAGGUCUAGCAACCAUAAAUCAGCUCAUGAUUGUUUCCGGUUCAUCAGUUGCAUACUUGCUAGGAACCGUCGUAUCAUGGCAAACUCUAGCCCUGACCGGUAUUCUUCCAUGCAUUGUCCUGUUUGUGGGCCUAUUCUUCACCCCUGAGUCACCUAGAUGGCUGGCAAAUGUUGGUCGAGAGAAAGAUUUUCUGGUUGCCUUGAGGAGGCUUCGUGGCAAAGAUGCUGACAUUACUCGCGAAGCUGCAGAAAUUGAAUGGCAGGCUUAUAAUGUUACUCUUCGAAGCCUUCCAAAAUCUCGAAUGCUGGAUUUGUUCGACAGAAAAUACAUACGUUCUGUAAUGAUUGGUGUGGGACUAAUGGUAUUCCAACAGUUCAUUGGAAUAAAUGGAAUAAGUUUCUAUGCUAGCGAAACCUUUGCAGAAGCUGGGCUUUCUUCGGGUAAGACAGGAACAGUGGCCUAUGCCAUAGUCCAGGUACUCCUAACCGUUGUUGGAGCCUUGUUGAUGGACAAAUCUGGAAGAAGACCGCUUCUAAUGGUGUCAGCAUCAGGCACAUUCAUUGGCUGCUUCUUGACUGGUGCUUCUUUCUAUCUCAAGGGCCAGAAUUUAUUGCUUGAAUGGGUGCCAUUGCUUGCUGUCUCUGGAGUACUGAUUUACAUAGCAGCGUUCUCAAUUGGAAUGGGAGCUGUCCCAUGGGUGAUAAUGUCAGAGAUUUUCCCAAUAAACGUGAAGGGUGCUGCUGGAAGCCUGGUGGUGCUGGUGAACUGGAUAGGUGCUUGGGCAGUUUCCUUCACUUUCAACUUUCUCAUGAGCUGGAGUUCCACAGGGACAUUCUUCAUCUAUGCUGGAUUCUGUGUUCUUACUGUACUGUUUGUGGCAAGAUUAGUGCCAGAAACCAAGGGUAAAACACUGGAGGAGGUUCAGGCCUCCAUUAACGGAUAGAAUUGGUAGAUCAUUGUAUUACUUGAUGAGGGUUCAGACAUCUGAGUGAGAUUUCAGCAAAAUUUAUCAUCACAUAUGAUCAGAUUUUAUAGUGAGCAAAAGUCGAAGCAAAAUUUACAUCAUGCAACAAAGCUGGCCGAAAUCUCCUUCUUGACAAAUGCAUAUUUCAGCUCCUGGCAAUAAUGGUGAACAACCAUGUUACUGGAAUUUGCAGGAAGUGUUCCAGCAUUCUGAGAUUUCGACAGAACACAAUAGCAGGAUGGCACGGUAGGAUAGAUAAAGAGUUUUUCAUGUAACUCGAAAUGUCGUUGCAGUUAUGCAGAAUCGAUGAAUUUUUUUUUUCUUUCUCUCAAA